GUUACACACUGUCUCUCACACCCGACGACCCUCCGCUCACUAGCGCCGACGCUGGCCACCAGGCACCACCACCUCGGCGCCGCUCGCCGCGAUCGUGCCCCGCGGGCCCCCCAUGGCCUUUGAUCGUCGCGCGACACAACAAGGGGUAUAAGACUCGCCGGCGGAUCGCAGUCGGUGUUGAUCAGAGCACCUUGCCCGCAACCCUUACAUAUCCGGCUGGCUUAUCAGCGCCGCCGAACACCUACUCACACCAUGGCACCUACGACCACCAACAACACGCACGACCAACUCGAAGUCCACAAUGAGGCGACGGGCAUGGACCCCUACCUCGUCGCGCAGGCCAAGGCGGCACACGAGCGCGACAUGGAGCUCGGGUUCCGCAAGGCCCUCAAGAACUUUGGCCCGGGUAUCUUCUUCUCCAUGAUGCUGUCGGUCGCGCUCAUCAUGGAGGGCUUCGACGUCGCCAUCAACGGCUCGUACUGGGGCCAGUCUUGGUUCCUCAAGCGCUUCGGCACCCUCCAGCCCGACGGCAAGUACGUCGUCUCGGCGUCGUGGCAGGCGGCGUGUGGCAACGCCUCGGGCGUCGGAUCCCUCAUCGGCCUCAUGGCCAACGGGUACUCGCAGUACCACUGGGGCUCCAAGCCGACGUACCUCGUCGCCAUGGUCGGCAUGGCCGCGGCCAUCUUCCUUCCCGUCUUCGCUACGAACGUCAAGGUGCUGUUCGCCGGCAACUUUGCUUGCGGCCUCUUCUGGGGUGUUUUCCAGACCCUCACAACCGCCUACGCCUCCGAGAUCGCCCCAACUGCUCUCCGCGCCCACAUGACAUCCUUCGUGAACAUUUGCUGGGCUUGCGGUUUAUUCAUUGGAUCGGGUGUUGUCCGCGGCACGCUACACAUCGACUCGUACAUGUCCUACCGCCUCCCAUUCAUGCUCCAGUGGAUUUGGCCCGUUCCCCUCUUCGUCUGCGCAUGCUUUGCGCCCGAGUCGCCCUGGUUCCUCGUCCGCAAGGGUAAGGAAGAGAAGGCGCGCCGUGCGAUCCGCCGUACCGCUCGCAAGGGAUACUUCUCCGAGGCCGACCUCGACGCCGAGGUCGCCCUUAUCCGCCACACCCUCGAGAUUGAGAAGAACGAGACCAAGCAGCAGGGCCUGCUCAACUGCUUCCGCGGCUCCAACCUCCGCCGCACCGAGAUCACCUGCUUGACCUACGCCAUUCAGACGUGGUGCGGCCAGCCCAUGACCGGCCUUGCGACGCAGAUCCUGACCCGCGCCGGUAUGAACGAGGACAACGCCUUCAACAUCAACAUGGGCAUGUUUGGUAUGCUCUUCAUCGGCACUGUUCUCGUCUGGGGCGGCAUGGGCAAGUGGGGCCGCCGCAGGAUCUACCUCAUCGGCCAGGUCGCUGUGGCCCUCUGCCUCCUCGGCAUGGGCAUCCUCGGAUCGGUCAAGCAGACGCCCAACGUGCUCUACGGCAUCGGCGCAUUCAUGAUGCUCCUCAACCUUGUGUUUGCGUGUUCCCUCGGCCCGCUCUGCUACGCCAUUGUCGGCGAGCUCCCCGGUGCCGAGGUGCGUGGACCCACCAUUGCCCUCGCACGCGCCACAUACGGUAUCUCGGGCGUCAUCACGGGACAGCUCAACCCGCGCAUGAUCACCGAGUGGGGAUGGAACGUCAAGGUCGCCUACUUCUACCUCGGCACAUGCAUCAUCGGCCUCGUGUACACCUACUUCCGCCUGCCCGAGACCCAGCACCGCUCGUUCGGUGAGCUCGACGUGCUCUUCAACAACCGUGUGCCGGCUCGCAAGUUCAGGACGACAAAGGUCGACCAGUUCUACGAGCACGGCGGGUCGAACACUCCCACCGAUGAGAAGGACUUUGAUAAGGAGGCCGUGUCGCAUGUGGAGAGGGUGUAAGGAGAGUAUGUAGGAGGGGACGUGGAGAGAAGGGAUGAAAGCAGCUAGAACAACGAUAGUGAAACUUGGAACAGGGGCUGGGGUUGAUGAACCUCUCG